GCAGUAGAGAAUGGUAGAGAAACACAAGUGGCAAUGGCAACUGGAGUAUUGUACUGUCUUUGUAAAUUACGUCUGUCUAAAUCAAAAAUGUUUUUUAUUUUCGUCCCUGCUUGUGCUUAAUAAAAUUAAUACAGUAUAUUUGAAAUUGUUGUAUUUAACAUUAUAGACAUGAAAUAAAGAACACUAAGAAAAGCAUUGGAAAAGUCCUCGUGUUUUACAGAAAUGUUAUUUUAUUGUGGUCCAACAAGCCUCCGAUUCUCAAAAUGUGUAUCAAAUCUAGUGCAAUAAUAUUUUGUGCAUUAUUUGUAUUUGUAUCAUCCACGCAUAUAAAAGGAGAGUUUUCUACAGAUGAAUUUUUCAAGUUUUUAGUUAAAUUUGGAUUUCAGAAGACAGACAUUCAUUUUCAAAAGGAAACAUAUGGAUAUAUUUUCGGGAACUUAACAGCCAAUGUUCAAUUCAAAUACCCUAUCACGUUUGCAGUUUUGGACAGAGGCCACUUUUUACACUAUUACAAAAAUCGUGAUAUUGUUGAUAAAGAGCUAGCAUGUCAAACUAUGUUCCAAAAUUUGAAUGGAACUGCAUACCACCCGAAAUGUAAUGCUUAUGGACAAGAUCUGUUUAGAAGAAUACCAUGUCCGAAAGGCGGGCUGUGCAUUGAUGAAGACACGCCUUGGAAUGUGGUCAAGAAGAAUCAGUUCACAUAUGUUAUUCAGAACUCUGGGCAACCAAGGUUUUGGUAUGUGUCUAUGGUCUCAUGUUACUUAGAUGAGGUAACAUGUACCUGGCAUCACUACACUGGAGCACCUUCGAAGGACAACAAAACUUUGACAAAUAUACCUCAAAUCAUAAACUAUGAUUUCUGGCUGGUGAAUGGAAGUCCAAACUUAUCAUUUUACAACACAUUGCUGUACCAGUUUUCAUUUGACAGACAGAAUACUUUAGAACUGUAUCUGGUUUUCUGGCUGUGCUAUAUUAUUCUAUUGCCAGUCCAGAUUUAUGCAGUCAGAACACAAAAGCAUCCAGUGACAAAGUUGUUUACAUUCAGCCUUGUUCUGGAGUUCAUUGCUCUAUGCUUCAAUGUGCUGCAUACUGUGAAGUUUGCUGUGGAUGGUGUUGGGUUUGCUGGGCUGGCGGCUGCUGGGGAUGUUCUAGAUAUUAUGAGCAGAACACUGUUCAUGUUGCUCCUACUUUUGCUAGCAAAGGGUUGGGCAGUGACUAGAUUGGAGCUCACAUACAAACCACUGGUUUUCGGAGUUUGGCUUGCCUACGGAAUCGUCCAUAUUCUUCUAUAUGUUUGGAAUACAACUGAAGUGGACAUUAUAGAAGAGAUAGACGAAUACCAAACAUGGCCUGGAUGGUUGAUACUCGCUCUGCGCGUCGCGAUAAUGACUUGGUUCGUCCUCGAACUUCGGUAUACAAUGAUGUACGAACACAAUAUGCCGAAGUUAAACUUUUUACUACACUUUGGCGCGUCAAGCCUGGUAUGGUUCGUGUAUUUGCCGAUUAUAGCGCUCAUUGCGCUACAGAUCAGCCCUCUGUGGAGGUUCAAGUUUUUAUUAGGUAUCACAUAUUCAGCCGACUGUCUUGCGUUUUGCGUAAUGGCGCACUUGCUGUGGCCGACGCGCUCCGAACAGUAUUUACUACUAGCGCCCUCUGACUACACAGCGGGCAUUGAAGAACUAGAUGAAUUCAACGAGUCUCCUCACGUAGUACACAGUGACACCGUGGCCCUCACCACGGCCGAGAGCAUCAACGCUGAUGAUGAGGAGAUCAUAUUCACCAGAGCCUCGCACAAAAACGGCACUGCCUUCUCAUAGCAAUGCCAACAGGUAACAUAAAGGAUUCCUCAAAUAUCGUUCACUCCGAACGAAUGAAAUUAUGAAUUUAACACGAUCGAAAUUAUUCACAAAUAUUGGUCUCACAAACUCUCCAAUAUUUGUGUAGUGAAUCAUGUUGAUUGUGUCGAUUUAAACACUGUUAUUUGUAAUAUUUAUUACGAAAUACAAGAAUUGACGAAUGUAAUGUUGAUCUAUGAAAUAUAUGAAUGGGUGAUAGGAAAAUCGAAUAUAAAUGGCUAAUAUUUUUAGUCAAUAGUAAAUUUUAAAUGAAUGUGUCCUGCUGUGUGAUAUUCAAGUACAUUGAUUCCUUAUUGAUGAAAUUGUUGAUAGCACAAAAUUAAUUGAAUUUACUAAGAAUGCAUAAUUAUAUACUUGUAAGCGAAAUAGUGCCGGUCUCCAAGCGAUCGUAUCUAAGUGUCAAUUAACGUGAUUAUAUUUGAUUAUUCAAGAUAAUAUGACACUGAGAGUGAAAUAAAAAAUAUCACAAUUAACUAUGUGCCAACGAUUGAAUCAACUAUUAUUUAAUACGAAGAAAAUAUUGCAGAUACCUAUAAUGUAAGAGUAUUCGUAAUCAUUGUGUCUUUGUGAAAAAUGUCUGAAUUUACCAAAAUAUAUUUAAGAAAAUGGGUGUUAAAAGUGCUGUUAAAGUUGAAUGGAGUUUUUCUUAUUGAAUGAAUUGUGUAAAUAUUGUUUUGUAAAGUUCUGAUGCUUACCUACUGCAGGUACUUACAUAUUAACGGUUUACUUAAUUUUUGUACGUCUAUAAACAACUAAACAGUGAUUCAGGGAGUACCUGAGUAUGAUAAAAGUAAUAGUUAUAAUAAAUACAACGCACUCUACACACUUGUCCAUGUAAAUCACGAAAAAAAUUAUGAAAUUUGAUUCUUAUGAUCUUAUAAGUUAAGGAAUAUUAGUUAUUUUUUGUUAUAAAAUCCAAUAUAUUGGCACUCCUAAUCAGAACUCGUUAUGUAGUUUGAUUGAGUUUGUAUUAUGUCGAAUGAGAACGAUUAGUCUACGGGUGUUAAAGGUUCGCUAGUGAAAUCGAAUUCUUAUGAAAAAAACGCUGAUACAUUUUGUAUACAAAUAGAUUCUUGAAUAUAACAAAUAGAUACGUGAUGUACAGUGACUUUUAGAAAUGUUAAAGUACAAUUAGAUCUCAAAUCGAUGUUUUAUUGUGGUCUGUACGACAAAACGGCAGCUGAAUUAUAUUUUUGUCAAUGUCUAAAUUUAUUUGCUUUUCGUGUUAUCUGUCUAAUUACUGUGUAUAAAUUAUUUAAAUAGUCGUCUAAAUUUACUAAAUUGAUUAACACAUUAAAAUUACUAGGCAAGGAAAUGCUUCGAAACAUUCUUUUAGCGAUAUUUAGAAAUUUUAAAUAACUUAAUGAUAGCAGAGCAUGCUCUUUAAAACUUUUAGGAUAAUUAGAUUGAUCGUCGUAUAUUUUGUUAUGGACACUUGAUUGAAAUUAUAAAAGGUUCGCUAUUUUAUUCACAGAUAUGAUUUGUGUGAAGCAUGCUCUUUUCUCUAUUAAAGUAAAACUUUAUUUAAACGUGAUGUCGUGUCAAUGUAGUAUAAGUGUAGGAAAGCUAGUGAUGUACAUUUUGGUUAUUAAAUUUUAUUUUGAUAGAAGAAAAUUAUUUUAUUUUAUAACGUGUAGAAAUAAUACCAAAUUAUUUAUUUUGUAGUCAUUGAAGCCCGAUGCACAAAUGUGUUGUGCAAAUUAUGAACCGAACUCGAAAUUAUAUAUUUGGAUAACUUAUGAAAGCUGCUGUAAAAAUCGCGUUAGUGUGUUUUAAGUCUACAAGAGUACUGCCGAACUUCGUUACUGCUUUAUUUUUUUUUCAAGUUAAGGGAUUAUAUUCAUAAAAUCUUCAACGCGUGAUAAAAUUUAAAGGUAAUAAUGAAACGAAUAUUUUACACUAAACAACUUUUCACUGGCUAUUUAUUUAAUAUUUGCUUACGUGCAUGGAGCCCAACUUACGCAGGGUAUCACAGAAUAAUUAUAAGUGUUGCCAAUUGCCACAUCUUGGCUUGUAAUCUUUUUAAAAAAAACCCUCUAAUAAACCUACAUACCUACUUACUGUUUUGUUAAAUCAAGGAACUGUCGCGAAACUCCGGCUUAUUGAAAAAAUCUAAAGUAUUUUAUUUAUUUUGGUUUACCAACAAUUGUAUUUGUAUUAUGUGCAGUUUUAAAUUUGUACUUAUUGUAUAAAAAAUGACUAAAUUAUUGAUUUCAUCUUUUGCAUAAUAUCAAUAGCUCAGUAAAACUGAACAAAUUUUAGAACAAGACAUAAUAUUUUGUUGUCAAUUGCCAUACUAAUAACUGGCUGUAUAAAGCAGAUAACUGAAAACAAUGUUUGGCGAUGUGAAAUGUCAGUUUUAGAUAGCCGAUGGUCUCUAAAUAAAAUUCGAGUGAUUGAUUGCCAAAUCUGAAUUAAGGAGAACUAUUUCUGUAAUAAAGUUUUGUUACUUUGUUUAUUUUUUCUGAGCUGAUCUCGGCGCAAAGUUUUAUUGUUGGACUAGUAAACGUAAUAAUAUGCAGAAGAAACGCGUAUAAGUAUUUAUGAGAUCAGAGUGUUGUGUAAUGACAAAAUGGAGCUUAUUUAUUUUUUUAAUCGAAUUUUAAUGAGAUUUAAGGAUUAAGUUGUAAUCAUAGCAAGUUUUUAGCCAUAUAUUUUUUUUAAUAAUGUUCCUCAAUUUACUGAUGUGAAAUACACGUUAAAAACUAUGUGAAUGUGUUAUGAAUAUGUAUUUGUGGUUUAGGAGCAAAAAUGUGAUGUGUGUUGUCUCUCCAAAUUUAACAUAAUUUGCCUACAUUUGCUUGUAAAAGAUAAAAAAGAUCUUCAACUCAAACUUUGUGCACAUUUUGAGAAUCGAGCCGACAAUCUGAUAUGGGCCAGUUUUUUGUCCUGUAGUGAACUUAAAUCACACAUAGAUAAACUGCUUCAUAUGCAUCUAUUUAAAUCAUUCAAAACAAUUCUGUCUUUGAGUUUAUGUGAAUGUACGGUCAGCAACAAAGGGCCAUUAGCAAUCAGACAAUUGUCACUUAACUGUUACUUAACUGUCACUUAAUCUACAAAAUUCGCUGAACAUUUUAUCUGAAUUGUAGUGUCCAGAUACUUAAUUUUUUAUUGUGUUACUGGAAUUUCGCAGGUGACUGUACACACAUAAUAAACGCAUGUUUCUUGAACUACCUUACUUACAACACAAGGGAACGGAAAACUGAUAAUAAAUGUCGUGGAUUGUUUUGUAAUAUCCUGUUUUGGUUCUUGUUAUAAAUAUUAUUAUUUAGAACCCCCUCUCAACUAAGCCUAUUCCUAAACAAAAGUAUUGUUUAACUGACUAGUUAAUUUUAUUUUAUUUUACCUUGAAACAUUUUAUAUUUUGUGGAAAAUCCACGUUUUAUACGUAGUGUUAUAUAGUUAUUUCUAAGCCUUUGUAGGUGUAAAUUGAAUGUAAAUAAACUUUCUUAUUAUGUACACUAAAUUGUUGUUUAAU